UAAACUCAUAAUAACAUAUACAAUUCCAAAUGAUUAUCCAACUGUAAAGCAAACCUCCCCAAAGCUACACAUCCCACCACCACCUUUGCUCCUCCCUCCUCCUCAUCUUCCUCCUCCAUUUUCAACCCUUUCCUCACUCCACCAAACCAAACCCUAAAAACCCACAAUGCCUUCAAGGCAAAAACCCUUCCCUCCAAACCCUAACCCUAGUAAUAGACCCAAAACCAGUCUCAUCUUCCUCACCAUUACCAUCUUCUCUUCCCUCCUCAUUCUCUUCGCCAUUGUCUACUUCCUCUACUACCUCUGGUACUCUCUAAUCCACCGCUCUCGAACCAACCCUUUCGAUUCUACCUCUUCUUCUCUGGUGAAGUUGCAGAGAUUCUGCUACAGAGAGCUCAAAUCCGCCACAAACGAGUUCAGCAACUCCAAUUUGAUCGGAAAAGGCGGGUCCGGAACAGUGUUUCGUGGAAUUCUUCGAGAUGGAAAGCUCGUCGCUGUGAAAAUGCUCGAUUCGUCUUCGUUGCAAACAGAGAGAGAGUUUCAGAACGAGCUUCAGAUUCUGGGGAGCUUGAGAUCUCCUUUUGUGGUUUCGUUAUUGGGAUUUUGUGUAGAGAAGAGUAAGCGAUUGUUGGUUUUCGAGUACAUGCCGAAUCGUAGUUUGCAGGAAUUGAUUUUCGCGGACAAUUCGAAUUUCAAUUGGGGAAGAAGGUUCGAGAUCAUUCUAGACGUUUCUCGAGCUCUUCAAUUUCUUCAUCUCGAAUGUGAUCCUCCGGUGAUUCACGGCGAUGUAAAGCCCAGCAAUGUGUUGCUCGAUUCAGAGCACAGAGCGAAGCUUUCGGAUUUCGGGUUGUCAAGAGUGAAGAUUGAGGGUGAAUUUGGUAUUGAUUUGUUUAGUCAGGACUUGGGUAAGAGUCAGGAGCUGUGGAAGAGCCAAGAACUUGAAUCUCCGGCGAUUGGAACUCCAGUGGAGAGUCGCAAUGAGGUAGAUUUCGCUCUCGCUUUACAAGCUUCUUCUUCGUCGAAAAAUAGUAGAGUUUCUCAUAAUGUGAAAGCUCUGAAUUUGAAUUCUUUUACUUAUAAUGUCAACAUUGCGAAUGAGAAUGAUAAUAGGAAUAGGAAUACAAAAGGUAAGGAGGUUUCGAAUCUUGAAAAUGGCGGUGAAUAUUGGAACAAGGUUGUGAUUUAUGAUGAUGAUCUUUGUAGUACUAAUGAUCAUAGUAAGGAGUUGAAUUCGAAUGUUGCUUCAGUUGUUGUUGAUGAUUCGAUGAGUGCAAAACAAUGGGGGAGAGAUUGGUGGUGGAGACAAGAUGAUAGUGGUGAAUUGUGUAGUAAAGAUUAUGUAACUGAGUGGAUUGGGAGCCAAAUUUGCCCAUCAGUGAACCCUGAUUGGGUCGAAGAAAAGAAGAGCUCAAAUGAGAACACCAACAUGGAUAAUUUGACUCGGUUAGAUAAACUUGAAGGCGUGAAUGAAACCGAGUUACAAGAACCUGGGAUGGAAUAUCCCAAGAAAAUACAUAAGAAGCACAGGAAGAUGCAGGAAUGGUGGAAGGAAGAGCACCUUGAUGAAAUUAGCAAGAAGACUAAUAAGCUAAGAAAGAUUGAAACCAAGUGUAAGAAAGGUUUUAGAAUGCCACGUUUUGAUUUGAUUCGACGCUGUCAUUUUCGUAGACGAAGAAGAUUUGGACAACAGAACCACAACAACGAAGGCGAUCCCAAUAUGGAAUUCAGUUUUAGGAGAGGUUGGAAGAACAAGAAUGCUCACUCUGUGGGGAGUGAAAUGUGGAGUGGAGAUCUAUUUAGUCGGGAACUAAGUAGCACGACUAGCAUGAGGGGAACUCUAUGUUAUGUUGCACCAGAAUAUGGCGGUUGUGGGUACCUAAUGGAAAAGGCUGACAUUUACAGCCUCGGAGUUCUGAUCCUUGUCAUCGUAUCUGGUAGGAGGCCAUUACACGUUCUUUCUUCGCCAAUGAAGCUCGAGAAAGCAAACUUGAUAAGUUGGUGUCGACAGUUGGCCCAAUCUGGAAAUGUUUUAGAACUAGUUGAUGAGAGAUUGAAAGAUGAGUACAGUAAAGACCAGGCAAGCUUGUGUAUUAAUUUGGCAUUGGCUUGUUUACAGAAAAUGCCCGAAUUGAGGCCUGACAUUGGAGAGAUUGUUAAGAUUCUGAAAGGGGAGAUGGAUCUCCCCCCUCUCCCAUUCGAGUUCUCUCCUUCUCCGCCUUCAAAACUGUUACAUUGCAGGUCUAGGAGAAAACAGAAAGGUAAUGCAGACUAGGCUUCAAAAACACAAUCUUAAUCAAUUUUUUUCUUUGUUUCGUACAACAGGGUUUUUUGUGAGUGUAAAAGAGGAGAGAGCGAAGCAUGCUGUUUAUCCAAAAAAAAAAAAGGUUGUUUCUGGGGACUGAAGGUGUGUGUAUAAUGUUGUUGUAAUGUAAAUUAGAUGAAAUGAUGAAUCACUUCUACUUUUUUUGCCAUUAAUUGGAUGCAAAUAUUGAAACGAGUCCAUUUUUCUUCCU